AUGGACGUAGAUACUUUUAAAAAACUUGACUUUUUAACUGAUGAAGUUGACGAUUUAACUUUAUCACAGAUCUGUGCAGAUAUGGAAACGGAAUACUAUGUAUUUGAGGGCAUUCAAAAUCUCAGUUUUUCUGAAAAUUUUGAUUUCGAUGCAAAUGAAGGUCUUGAGGAAAGCGGUUUGAAUUCAAUGGAGUUUGAUAUCGGGGAUUUGAGCUCUUUAAUGGAAACCGAAUGUGAAGUAGAAAAAGAACUGAAAGAGAGCACUAGGUUUGGACCAGUCGUCAAUGAUGAAGAUUUGAAAUCACUUGUUGAAAAUCAGGAAAAUAAAAAUACGAAGAGCAACACAAAAUGGGCUGUUAACGUUUUUUCGAAAGUUGGCGCGAGCAGAGAGCUGGGGAUAUUAUCGAGCUUCACUUGA